UGCAGGAUUUGGAGGAGCUGCACGAUCGGUUGACAACCACGCUGCUCUAUGGGAGAUGAGAGACGCGCACUGUCCCACAGACGAGCACGCAGGACAUGAGAGGACGCUGCUCAGUAGGCACUGGGAAUUGCACAGGUGUAAAGGAUACAAAGCACUUAGAGUCUUCCGCACCGAAGCAAAGGAGUCAGCACCUCUUUUGAGCUCGCUCCGUGGGGGCUCAAUCCGGCCACGUGCCUCAGAACAGGGCCGAUGGCAGGGCCAUGGGGCCCAGGGCAGCUGGGUGGGGCCGAAGGGUGGGGCUGGGGCAUUGUGACAUCACUGUGCAUCACAGUGCAGGGCUGGUAUUGCGGACGUCAACAGGCAGCCAAGCUCCACUUUGGCCUGGGCCAGCGGUGAGUACAGCAGCAGGGGGAGGGCUGUGCUGGGCCGGGUGCAAAUGCCGGCCCGCAAGAGGUUUGGGAGCCUGCAGUGGCAGCAGCGAGCGCUCAGGGAGCCUGCGAGCAGCUCUGCGGGCAGUCACCACCAGCGCCGGCCUCGGCCCUUGCUGACCCCCAGCUCCCUCACUCCUGCUCCUCCCUGACCCCAGCGCAAGCUCCCACCCAGCCCCACUGACCUCCCCUCUCUCCCCUCUUCCAGAUCAUGGCUUUGGCGCUUUUCUUCGCCUUGUUGGCGCAGAGAAUACCAUUAGUUGGUGAUUUGGAUGUGGACACGCUCGACCGCAUGCAGCAGCAUGAGGUGUAUCUGCAAGAGCAGAUGACAAAGCUGCUGCUGGAGAUGGAAGAGAAGAACAUGGCGCUGAGCACGAUGGGCACUCAAGCCCUGCUUCGCUGCUUUGUUUUUUGUCUUCCCAUCCUUCUGUAUUUGUUCAUGUGGAUGAUCUGCUCAAAGUUCUAUAGAGCUGAAGACACCAGUGAUGAGGAGAGCUCCAGCAGUGAGAAGGAGCAGGAGGAGGAGGAGGAGGAGGAAGAGGAAGAGGAGGAUGACGGUGUCUUUUCUCUCGAUGUGUUCUGGACAGUCCGAAGCCAUCAAGAGGACUGUGAACUGAUGUACUCGCUGAUGCAUGGCGUCAUGGAUAUAUGCCAAAGUAUGGUAUCAGAUACUUUCUAUCCAGUGCCAGAGCGUCUCAUCAAGGUGGGCAGUACCUUCGAAGGCUGGUGUCCCGUUAGAAACGUACCUGUCUUCAGCCUGCUUGUGCCCCUGUUGGCCCCCCGUGGGCACACUUUCCACCUGGAUCUGGGCACCACAGGGGAGGUACCAGCAACGGACUCCCGUAUCUGUGUAGAGCUGGAAUGCACGUGCGAGAGGGAGCAGGAGAUGCGCAUGCUGUGCUUCCUCCACACCCCCGACAAAGAGCUGAAAAGUCAGCAGCCCAGCCUCCUGCACAGCCUCUGCACUACGUCCUACUUAGACGCGGAGAAGACUGCCCGCUGCUUCCAGGAGCUGAUCAAAAAUGCCUGGCAACGCAUGCACGUCUCAGAGUUCACCAUGGAGAUAGACACGGUGAAGUCCAGGCGCUCCUGCAGGCUUCAUGUGAGAGAUGUCAACAAAAGAAUCUUCUACGUUGAGUUUGUGUUUGGCGUCCAGCAGGAUGAUACGGACAUCUUUCUGAGCAGCCAUGAGAUAGUGUUUCGUCAUACCCCCAGCACGGUCUGGCCACAGAGCUGUGUAGUGGCAGAGAAAAAGUUCUUGCAGUAUGUAGCCAACCACCCCCGGGGGGGCAAAUUCUACCUCAGAUAUCUGCAACUGUGUGGCUAUCUCAUGGCGAGCCUCAGGUUUACCAUCUAUGACAUGAAGACAGGGAUCAUGCACCUCCUGAAUACCAUUCCUUUGCAAAGGUGGCACGGGAGGAGUUUCCUGCUGCGGAUGGAUGACAUCUUGAACUACCUGUGGUGCUGCGUGGAGGAGAAACGCCUGGACCACUUCAUCGUAGGAAACGACUCGUUGCCUAAGGAGAUUAUCUUGCCAAAAGAGUUCCGAGCUUCCCCACCGCUCAACAUGUUCCAGCACCUGGAGGAGGAACCGGACAAAUACGAGCGGGCGCUGCAGGAUUUGGAGGAGCUGCACGAUCGGUUGACAACCACGCUGCUCUAUGGGAGAUGAGAGACGCGCACUGUCCCACAGACGAGCACGCAGGACAUGAGAGGACGCUGCUCAGUAGGCACUGGGAAUUGCACAGGUGUAAAGGAUACAAAGCACUUAGAGUCUUCCGCAC